CGAAACGAAUGUUGUUUUUUGUUUGCUUCGACUCACUUUUCCUUCGUGGUUAAACUGACUCAACCAGUAGGAGCUUCCGACAUUACCACAAAGCGUAACAUUUCUAAGACGUGGUGGAUCUGCUUCGUUUUCGUCAUCCACUGAAAUUGGAGCAGCAAAGACAGAACACCGCCGUAAAAUCGAGAGCUAUUUGAUUUUCUUGUUGCUCUUCUUCGUUUUUGUUUUCUUACCAACUUUUGGGCACCCAACGUACACGUAACGUAGAUGGAGAGACACGACGGAGAGUGAAAGAAGAGAGAGCGCGUGCAGCUAUUAUUAACCGCGACGUCGACGUCCAUCUCCGAGAGACGCCCUCUUUUUUAUUUUUCUUCUCGCUUCAUUCUCUUUCGUGAUUCAACCCCCGAACUGAAAUUACGUCCAUCAAAGGAAACAUACUGCCUUCAUUUUGGCCGUCCAUUGGGUUGUCGAAGACCAUGUCAACAUCCGGAUCGAUGGAAGAUUUGGGCGCCAUUGUCAUUCGUCUAUCCAAGGAACUGGAGUUGAUGGGUCUGCCCGGUUUGGCCAGCCAGCAGCAGGUAGAUUAUAACGAUGGCGCCAUCGCUGUGGACGUGAUCAGCGAUCUGAUAAGCGCAUCUUAUGACCUCAUCGGCCUACUUCGCGAUCUUCAACGUUCCAAACGCCAAAGGGAAGAUCACGCACAGCAGCUACUCCACGACUUGCAACGUUCUCAGUGGUUGCUGGACAAGGAAAAGGAACUGACCGUUCAACGGGAGCGUGAAGCGGCCGAAGCUUGCGAGAAAGAGCGCCAGGCCAAUGUCCGUCUCCAAUUGGCCGAGACGCUUUUAAAAAAGAAGACGGAAGAAAACCGCCAGUUGGUUCAUGAAUGCCAACUCAAGGAGAAUCAGUGGCUGCACGCACUACGUCGUCGUGACCAGGAAAACCAUAGAUUACAACAGCAAUUGCUGAAAUUCUUGCAUAGUAAAUCGAGUGGUAGCGGCAGUGGGGGCAUCAUCCCUCACCAAGUUGAAAUCCGUGGAUCGCUGGCUGCGCGUGCCUCAUCCUCCGAUUCGACAAGGUUGCGUAAACAAUGGGACCGAACAGCCGACGAAACUCGAAAGCACGCUGAAGUCAUGUGGAAGACGGCGUUAAACUCUUUAGAAAAGGAUCAUCAACUCUUACGAGUUGAUUACCUCCAAUUGGUCGACACGCUCGGCCGAUUUUUGACAAAUUGCGCAGACACAUUAGGUGGCCGUCGUCCGGCAAACAAUAUCUUUUUCAACGUCGUGGAAUGGAUCCGUCUUCCAGUCAGUUCCAUGAGAGAUCGGUUGGAGGAAGCUCUUCAUCUCGUAGAGUGUGCCCUCGUUACAUCAACAGUUUCACAGAGCGGACAGAAUUUCAAUACGACAGACCGUCGUGAUGAAAUUGAAAUCAAUGCCGUGACCGACCAAUCGGAACAUGUAGCCUCCGGUGAACAUCGUCCAACUGCGAUUCAUAACCGGAUAGGUCCUCUUGUGAAAGACGAUGUUAUUAUCAGCAAGUCACGUACGAUUUCGACAUUGUCCCCGACACAUGAAAACCCAAUGCAAAUGGCGAAAUGCGUCCGUCCGGAGCCCGUUUCGACGGGCCAAUUCGAUAGCCGUGCGUUACGAAAACCGUCGAAGGGUAGCACCCAACCGCCAGCAGCUAUUAAUCAAGUCGAUUGGAACCAACUGAAGAUGGAUAGCCCAGCAUUGAGUCCGCUUUCCAGCCGUCAGGAUACGGUUACACUUGGACAGCCAACGAUUGGAACGGAGGCUUCGUUCCUUGUUGGAUCCCGUGAAACAGACGACAGGGUCGACGUGAUCCAUGAUGAAAUGGCCACUUUGGACACACCUUGUCCGAGUGCCAGCAACAGCCCAAGCCGUUCCAGUACUUCGAGCGACAGCAGUUGGAAAUCCCAGCGAUCGGAGAUCGAUGCCACUACGGAAAUCGAUGAACAAUUUUAUCGAACGUGCGACGCCGCCGCCACUCUGGUCAGGAACGGUCGUAGACCUUCCAAUGACGCAUCGAUAUGUGCCCAAAAGUCUGGCACGACCGUCAACUUGAACAGCGGCUACGGCGGUACCAUAACGGCUAAAGUCAGCGUUGUCCAGCAACGACAAGCGACUCGUCGCGUUGCUCCGGCAACCAGCAUCUACUCAGCAAAUCCGUCAUGACCUUCUAAACUUGUUCACGAGUAAAUAACCUUCCCGAGACGUAUACGUGAUGUAGGUCCUCCGCCUCAUUAGCAUGACCACCCACCAGCGGUUGCGCUGAACAAAAAAGAAAACAAAUGAUUGAUUACUUACGAAAUGAAACCUGCCUUGCCGACAAGCAACAUUUAUAUGACUACUUAACAGAUAAUACAUGCUAUUUUGUGGUUU